AAGCAGGAAGAACGUUCUCUCGCAGGGGCUCACACUGAUCCAAGUUAGGGAGCUUUCAGCUGCCAGCCUUGGCCCAUCAUGUAAGUGCUGCGGAGAAUUCUUUGCAGUGCAAUUGCAAAAUUACCUCGCUUCCCGACGCCUGUGGGGGCUGUGCAAUUGUAAGAUCGCUCUUUGCACGGACACGCACGCUUCGGACGCAAAAAAGCUCCAAGUGCAUGAAGAUCGAGGCUUGUAUUUUGCAUCUUUGUUGCAAAGCAAGCCGCUGAAGCUCCAGUGCGAGGGCGAUGGAGGGAGGGAGUGAGAAAGAAGGCAAAGUCUUUUGUGCUUCCCCUCCCCCUCAUCAAAGCAAAGGGGAAAUGUCUCAGCCAAAGGGAGGUAAGAGGAAGCCGGUGCUCAAGCUCUCCAAGGAGGUGUUUGAGCAGCCUCCUCCCGCCGCAGUACCCCCCAGAGAUUUGGAUUCGAAAGCUUGUGUAACCAUCGGAGAGAAGAAUUUCGAAGUGAAGGCAGAUGACCUGGAACAGAUCGGCGAGCUCGGCCGUGGAGCGUACGGCGUUGUGGACAAGAUGAGGCACGUGCCCAGCGGCCUGAUCAUGGCUGUGAAGCGGAUUCGGGCCACAGUGAACACGCAGGAGCAGAAGAGGCUGCUCAUGGACCUGGACAUCUCCAUGAGGACGGUGGACUGUUUCUACACAGUCACUUUCUACGGAGCACUAUUCAGAGAGGGCGACGUCUGGAUCUGCAUGGAGCUGAUGGACACCUCCCUCGACAAGUUCUACAAGCAGGUGAUCGAGAAGGGCAUGGCCAUCCCCGAGGACAUCCUGGGAAAGAUCGCCGUCUCGAUAGUAAAAGCUUUGGAGCAUCUGCACAGCAAUCUGCAAGUCAUACACAGAGAUGUAAAGCCCUCCAACGUGCUGAUCAACACUCAGGGCCAGGUGAAGAUGUGCGACUUUGGCAUCAGCGGCUACCUGGUCGACUCCGUGGCUAAAACCAUGGACGCCGGCUGCAAACCCUACAUGGCGCCGGAGAGGAUCAACCCCGAGACGAACCAGAAGGGCUACAACGUCAAGUCUGACAUCUGGAGUUUAGGAAUCACAAUGAUCGAGCUCGCCAUCCUGCGCUUCCCGUACGACUCGUGGGGCACGCCCUUCCAGCAGCUGAAGCAGGUGGUGGAAGAACCUUCACCCCAACUUCCUGCCGACAACUUCUCCCCAGAGUUUGUGGACUUCUCCUCUCUGUGCUUAAAGAAAGUUUCCAAAGAGCGGCCGACUUACACAGAACUCAUGCAACAUCCCUUCUUCACCUCCCAUGAGGCCAAAGAAACCGACGUGGCAAGCUUUGUGAAAGUCAUCUUGGGGGACUGAGUGGCUGAGAGGGAGGGGAGAUCCGUUAAAAAGGAAAGAAAUAUACAACAAACAAAAAGCACCAAUCGCAGCCCCUGUUACCUGCAGGGACCCCCCCCCCCCUUACACACACACACACACACACACACACACCUGUCCCUCCAGAAACAGACAGACGGAGCCCAGAGGAGAAGCUGAGGAAGCAGGACGGGGGAGUUUGUCCCCACCCCCACCUGGCCUCCAUGUCCCCUGUAUAGUACCUGACAUGGGAGGGGUGGGGGAGACGGCUGCCUCAUAAAUAAUCUGGAAUAAUUUAAGAUGUCUGUAUGCAAAAACUCCCUUUGGUUAGUCCAACCUCUGUGCGCCGCCUACUUCUCAAACAUGGUUUUCACUAGUCAGCGAGUUGACCGUGUGUGACGUGAAACCUGUCAUGAUGGUCAAACUCAAGGUGUUUUUUUUUCUUUUUGCUGAAAGCCAGAAGUGAAAAGAGGUGCAGAUUAUAUAAACAGAUGAAUGAUGUAAUGCUAUAUAUGUGUAAUCUAAAUGUUUGUAUACUCAAAGCAAGUGUUGCAUCGGUUUAUUAAUUGAUUGCAUGUACAGAAUAUAUCACUGAGGUGAAAACGGGCUCAGAUGGCCAGUGAGGAACAGUUGUAGUCCUCGCUUUAAGGCCCUCCUAGUGGUCAGAAAUAGGUACUGCACUUCAACUGCUUUCCCUUGAUCACAACAGAGGUCUACUACGCGUUUUGGGCUCUGGCUGCCUGUGAGUGUGUGUAAGUGCGUUUGUACUGUGUGUGUGAGCUGGUGCAUGAUAUGUGUGUGUUCGUAGGGCUGCACGAUUUUGGAUGAAAUGAGAAUUGCAAUUUUUGUGUUCAGAGACAAUGAUUUUCUCUCGUGAUUCUUAGGAUUUUUUCCUGUGCAGUCUCAUUGUGCCUGUGGGAGCUUUGUUCAGUUAUAGUGAUGCUCUGAAUGAACCUCCCGUUAUUUAUAUUUCACGGGGUCAGGCGGCAGGAUUUUCGGGUAGAUUUCGUGGCCUUGGUACCUUCGUUUUGUACUUAAUUGUAGUGUUUCGAUGCAGUAUGUAUUUUGUCCGAACACUGCUUGACACAUGCAUGUGCUCACCUGAAACAGUUCCUCACAAAGGAACGUGAGGCUUUUUUUGGGUUUUUUUUCAAAUCGUUAUAAAGUUUUUGUCUUGGUUGGGGACAUUAAUUUCUUUUUGUUUUUGUUUGUCUGGUUAUUGUCUGGUUAUUGGAUUGUUGUUUGUCUGGCUUAUGUUGUCAGCAUGUUAGGGCCCGGUCAAACAGACAAUCGAAUCACAACCUCCUGCCUCCCAGUGGUUUGUGGCUCACAGGCAGGGGUUUUCCUGUAGUUUUCGUAGCCUUGGUACCAUAAAAUUGUAUUUUGUGUUUCAGAUGGGUAACUUUGGUUAGAUACAUUUAUUUAUUUUUUAUAUUCCUAGAUUCUAACAAUUAUAAAUAUUCAUCUGUGUUUGUCCAGGGCCAUUAUGGUCACUGUCACUGUCAAAGCCACCACAUAAAUUAAUAAGUGAUUAAUAAGUAAGAGUAAAUUAAUUGUGGCGUGACCAGGCCAACAUGUUAUCUGGCAACGUCCGAAGACAAAAGUGUUUAUAGCUGUCUCAAACAGCCACGCUUGAAGGCAAGAAGGCGAAUUGCCUGGCUGAAUUGCUAAUGGCAUACGCUUACGGACAGUGUCUCCUCAAAGGCAUUAAAAAUGCUACACUCGUUCACAUGAAUGGUGGAGGGAGUAUUUGUGAAGAAUGAAAAGAGAGUCCUGGCCUAUGACAGAGUGAAGUGGGUGUGAUUGUUGGAUUUUCUCUUUUGGAAAGUCACAGAUGCAGUCGCAGAUUUACUCAUCUGUCUGGACAUUACUUUCGAUUGACUUUGUGUUUCACAGAAAGUCCAUCAUGUGGAAAAAUUAGAAGCGCUUAGUUUGAUGCAGCAGGCCGCCCUGCAAAUACACAAGUGUAAUGAGAUUGCACAGAGGUAUGAGGCGAAAAUGGCAAUUUAAAUCCGCUCAAUCCUGCAGCCUUACUUGACACAAACAUUUUUAAGUGAGGUAUGUUUUGACAUUAUGGUCAGUUGUGGGAGAAGAUUGCCCAUAUUCUCCUAGUUGUCUAUACUGAGCCAAUCACAACCCUCUCCACUCCAUGUUCAACAUGAAAAGAACUGGAUAUUAUUACUAUUAUUAUUACUAUUAUUAUAUUAAUUAUUGUUAUUAUUUAGAUCCAGGGUUUUUUCCCCAGACAUAUUUACUGCAGUUUUUCUUAUUUAUUAUAACUGCUGUUUUCCCUCUGAAAACUUGAGCGAUGCAUUAGAGACUUUUCUUGUGUGUGGGCUGUGGAUGUUUUUGUCGUGUUCUUCUUGGCUCAAACACGUAAAUGCUUUUGAACUGUAACUUGCAAGCCUUCUGUGUGCCUCUCUAUAGAAAAACAACUAAGGAUAAUAAGAUGUUGUAGUGAUGAUGAUGAUGCAGGGAUCUCUGCCUCUCCCAUCAUACCAGCUUCCUCCCUCUUCACACUCUGCAUGGCAUCAUAAUUCCACUUCCUGUUUGCCUUCAUUGUUUUGUGUUUCUCGUUGUAGAUGGAGCUCCAGAUCGUCGGUAUUUUCCUUCUACACGUUUGUACUCAUCUCUCUUGUUGCCUUGGUUCUUUUUUUUUUCUCAUGGUGGUUUCUGAUGGCUUCGGGGUGCCUACAUAGAGCUCAGCUGACACCUUUAGUUGUAAUGCAAGUACUGCUCUAAUGACAAAAUGGGAAACUUGAAAUACUGUAUGUGGCAGGAUGGCGGGAUAUUGUUACAGUUGGAGAAUUUACAUCAUCUUCUUGCCUAUAAAUAUUUUGUUGCAGGGUAA